GACUGUGCGGAAGCUGAUGAGCAGGUAGUCACCGGAGCCGAUAGCUGCUGCUGCUCUGAAACAACUGAAAUAUUUAUAAGUAAAAGCGUCUCCGAGUGCAGGUCAAAGUAACUCCCGAAGGAAUAUGGACGAAGACGUGCUGACGACUCUGAAACUGUUGAUAAUUGGCGAAAGCGGAGUCGGAAAGUCCAGUCUCCUCCUGAGGUUCACGGAGGACACUUUUGAUCCAGAGCAGUCAGCCACAAUAGGUGUUGACUUCAAAGUAAAGACUCUGGCUAUAGAUGGGAACAAAGCAAAGCUCGCCAUAUGGGAUACAGCUGGACAGGAACGGUUUCGCACCCUGACACCCAGCUACUACCGCGGUGCACAAGGAGUCAUACUUGUAUAUGAUGUCACAAAGCGUGACACAUUUACAAAGCUCGAAAACUGGCUGAACGAACUGGAAACCUACACAACACGCAACGACAUUGUAAAAAUGCUGGUUGGGAACAAAAUUGAUAAGGACGACCAUGAAGUGGACAGAAAUGAGGGGUUGAAGUUUGCUAGAAAACACUCUAUGCUUUUUAUUGAGGCCAGUGCAAAAACCAAAGACGGCGUCCAGUGUGCCUUUGAGGAGCUCGUGGAGAAAAUCCUCCAGACUCCAGGGCUUUGGGAGAGUGAAACCCAGGGUCAGAAGGUCCGUCUGGGGGAUCAGGAUCAGGCCAGGGCUGGGGCAUGUGGAGGAUACUGCUCCAUACCCUGAAACUGGACUGUACAAACAAAAAAAAGCACCAACCUGAUAGGAAUGACUACGGACCAGAAACAGAAAGGAUGAGAGAGAAAGAGAGUGACAGGUGGAAGUGGAUGAAUACUUUUUUUAACGAAAAAGUAAAUCGUCGGAAUAGUUUUGUCGGUGAAAAAAAACAUUGCUGUUUGCACACUUCUUUUUCAACCAUCAGCUGUAUUGUGUCACAACUUUCUGUUCAAAACAUGAAUGAAAGAAUCAGGCAGAAGUAGCCUCUCGUCUGAGGACGUCUAGUAUUUUAAAUUAACUUAACCAUGCCAAGUAUGUGAGCAUAUGUCUGGUUUAAAUUUAUCUUAUUGGCAACGGUGAUCCAGUUGCACAUUAAGACAUCAGGUUACUAGCAUAGUGCCUAUAACACAAACCAAUUUGUCGGCUACAGCCUGUCAAAUUGUAUUCAGAAUAAUUAAUUCUAAUCAAAACUGAAGGUCUCCUCAAUCCUUUUCUCACAGGAAAAAGCCUUCUUAUGCUUCUUAUGCUUUCUGCAAAGUACAAAGUGUUUGACUAUACACAUAAUAGGAAGCUUUAUUAAAUGCACACUACACAGUUUGGAUUGAGGAUGGGGGCAGAAGUGACUUGAUGUGGAAUGUGUGACCUCCAUUUACCAUCUAGCCAGAACACUGUGAAAACUCCCAAAGACCCCAGUUACUGACACCAGUUUAUCUCCACGGUCAACACUAGACCUGUUUGUUUGAUUUCCAUUCAAUUCUGUGCUUCAGAAUGUAUAGAUGCUUUCAAAUGUACUGACAUCCCGUCUUUAUUCUUCUUAGCUCAGAAAAUGGUGAAGAUCCUUGUAUUGUAGGGUUGUUUUUCUUUGCAACCAGACCAGUCCUCGUCUUUGCAUGUGUGAUCCAGACCAUCACUUCCAGAGCUAUAAGGUUUACAGUAUCAGGAGCUCUUGCAAUAAAGUUUCCAUUUUACUCACUGCUCUUUUAAAAAUGGCAAGUAAAUAGCCUCAACUUUGACCUUGUUAUCCAUAUUUUUUCCCAUUUUUUUGUAGUUUCUGUCUGGUGUAGUCCAUUUUAUGUUUCAGUGACUUAUUAAAGGCAUUUCUCAUGCAUAGUAUGAGAACAUUCCCAGAAGCUCUGUUCCUUACUAUCUCCAGUAUAUUAAUGAUUUGAUGUAUUGUUUCUUAUUUAACCUUUUCCCGCUGCUUUUCCUUGUGCUUUUUUCCCUGUCGCUUUUGCUGUGAAUCUGUUUUAGUCAUAUACAGCAAUAUGUUAAAUCAACAUCUGCCUUAAUCCUGAAAGACGCUUGCAAGAGUUAUGGUCAAUUAACGUUUGAAUUGUUUCAAACUGAAAUAAAUGACAACCUCAA